AGGCAUUCGCAUUUCCUUUCCAUUCAGUUCAUUGCAUUCCAUUCCACAGCUCACGGGAACUUCUUUCUUUCCUUUUCUUUCUCUUCUCCCACUUCUUCGUCAUCAUCAUCUCCUUUGUCUACAUUCAUCUUCGGCUUAUAUUUACUGCUCAAUAUUUAAUCUCUCACCAAACACCCCAUGUCCAUCGUCUAACUUUCUUUCCAGCCAUCAUGUAUCUCCGUUCCCUUCUUCUCGGGAGCGUCGCCGCUCUAGGCGUCAACGCUUUCUUAGUCGUUCCGGAGGUCGAAGAGGCCAUGACCUCUGAACCUGUAUUUUCCGGCCUUCAUCCUGCUGAAGCUCAUGUUUCUCUGCAACAGAACAUCGAUCUCUUCUGUACAGAGUGCCCUUUCAGAGAAGUCUCCGAGAAUGGAAAGGUCAGCUGGACUGACGGUUUCCAAACCGCUUUGUCCCUGAACUUCUCUAUCGAGGAUGGUUUCUUGCUGGCCAACGGGCGUCAGAUCUUCCCUCCCCCUCCUCCAACGAUGAUUACUGCCGUUCAGCGUCGGCUAUCCGAUGAUGAGGAGUCGGAGCCCAUCCCGUUGGGUUAUGCGGUCGAGAUGUUGCCGCUGCCUACUCCGCCAGAGGAACCCGUGGAGAUGGUGGUCGUUCGUUUCACUGUCCUCGAUUUGGAUAGUCACCCGGUUCCACUGAACACCGUGGCAAUCAACCUCAUCCACGAUCCCGAGGGUAACCUGUACAUGGUUAAGACCGAUAUCGAGGACAACACCCCUAACAGUGUCUCCUGGAGACAGUGCCGCGGAAAGCCGAUGUGCUUGAGAAGACUCUUAUUUAACCGAAUUCGAGCUUUGUUCGCCGCCGCCAAGGCCCGUAUGCUCGGAAUCAUGGGCCCCAAGCCUCACUGCGGUCGCCCUCGUCCUCAGCAUGAUGGCUUUGGUCCUAAUGGCAUGCCUGUGGGCGAAGGCCACGUGGGACGUCCGGGCCACCCUCAUCACCACCAUAUGCACCACGGAAACUGGGAGCGCACCGCCUCUCGCGUUGUUCGCUUCAUUGUCGUGCCCGCUGCGUUGGGCGUUCUGGCUGGUCUGGCCGCUAGCGCUGUGGGUAUGCUGGUCGGACAGGUGGUAGUGUUCUUGUGGCAGCGCUAUCGUCAUUCUGACCGCGAAGAGUCUUUGGAGCAAGGCACUACUUCUGAGAAACAGAGCUUGAUGACCGAGACUGCCGACGACCUCCCCCCAGCCUACAGCGAUGAGGAGGGCUCGGCUGAGGCAGCGUCCGACCACAAGAACUGAACCGAUUGGCGGAGUGUUGAGAUAGAUUGUUUCUUCUGGCAAGGACAAAACGAUGGGCGAAAAUUUAUCUGAGCUUAGCCGGUUAGGUAUAGGAUCUGGGAAUUUGUAUUGGUUGGCAGUGACUUUUGGGGAUGGUUGAUAUUAAAGCCUUCUUUUCUUUCGUUUGCUUUGUCCCUUACUUCUACUUGGUCUACUAUCUCCUUUCUUACUAUCAUUCCUGUGUACUCCGUCCUUCCAUAAGGUGCCUCACCUGCACAUUUCCUUUUAUCACUUUCUCGUGGGCUUCCAUGUAAUUCCGGCUUCUACUCUGUUAGAAAAUGAAUGGUGUUAUAACGUUACGGAACUGGGCGAUGUAUGGUAACCAUCAAUACUGUAAUCAUAAGCACAAUGAUAUAAGUCUUGGCUGUUUCACCUGCAUGGCAUCACGUGAGGCUCAGCCGCGGACGAUGACAGGCACGCCGCAGGGCGUUGAUUCCCCUCUUCCUCUCCGACGCAAUCGAAGUAUCUCCGGAUUCAGCUUUCGUG